UCAGUGAGCUAGUCAGUCAGUGAGCUAGUAGGGUCAGACAUGACUGACUGUGAUUAUCUACCCACAGCCAAGAAUGAUGAGGUUGUCAGUUCAGCCAUGCAGGAGAGCAUAGAACAUCCGUCAGUCUCAAUAUUUCGGGAAUAUCUGAGAAUACCUUCAGUACAUCCAGAUGUCAACUACGAUGAGUGUGUGAAAUUCAUCAAAAAACAAGCCAACAGCCUGGGACUGCUGUGGAUGGUCUACUCGUGUACUCCUGGUAAUCCUGUGGUGGUGCUGACUUGGACAGGCACUCAGCCUGAGCUACCCAGCGUGCUGCUCAACUCUCACAUGGAUGUAGUUCCUGCCUAUCCUGAUAAAUGGACUCAUGACCCGUUUGCUGCUGAGAAAGAUGAUCAAGGAAACAUAUAUGGAAGAGGAGCUCAAGAUAUGAAGAGUGUAGGCAUACAAUACCUAGAAGCAAUUAGAAGGCUUAAAAAAAAUGGAGUUAAGUUGAAGAGGACCGUACAUGUAUCAUUUGUUCCAGACGAGGAAGGAGGAGACAAUGGGAUGUGUAAAUUUGUGAAUACCUCUGAAUUUAAAAGUUUAAACGUUGGGUGUUCCCUAGAUGAGGCUAGAGCAAGUCCAGAAGACUACUUUUACGUCUAUUACGGUGAACGCACCAUUUGGAAACCAGUCGUAACAUGCACUGGCGACACAGGACAUGGGUCAGCAUUUGUUAAAAACACUGCUGCCAACAAAGCAAGGAUAAUAAUAGACCGAUUCCUGGACUGGAGGCAACAAGAACUGGACAAGUUGCAAUCUGAUGCUUCUCUCACUGUCAGUGAUGUCACUACCGUUAACCUCACCACCCUCAGUGGUGGAGUACAGAUGAACGUGGUUCCUGCCGAGAUCAAACUCGGAUUUGACAUUCGCCUGUCCAGCAACAAUGAUUUCGACAUUGUCAGCGAGAAGUUGGAAGGCUUCUGUCAGGAGGCUGGGGAGGCGAGAAGUUGGAAGGCUUCUGUCGGGGACUGGGGAGGGCACUUGCUAAUAUAUGUUGUUGGUUGUGACAGGGUGGACGAGAAGUUGGAAGGCUUCUGUCGGGAGGCUGGGGAGGGCACUUCCAUCACAUAUGUGUCCAAGAACCCCAUAGUGUCGCCCACCUGUAUAGACAGCAGCAACCCAUGGUGGACUGCCUUUAAACACGCUGCGGAUAAAAUGGGAGUGCAUCUGAAACCGAUCAUUACACCAGGAGGCACAGACAGUCGGUUUCUCAGAAAAGUCGGAAUAUCUGCAUUUGGAUUUUCCCCGAUGAACAACACUCCAACACUCCUUCACGACAAUGAUGAGUUUCUGAACGAAAAAGUUUUUCUACGCGGUAUAGACAUUUAUUAUGGAAUCAUCAAGUCACUGGCAAAUCAUUAAGAAUAUGGUGCAAAAACGACAAUAUUGUGACUAAUUUAAAAAUAAUAAUUAUUAUUUGUUGUGUGAA